GACUCGGGAGAUCGAGAAUGAAGUCCGAGGGCAACAACGGAUAUCUCAGGGCGGCCGUUAUCAUCGAGCAGAACCAAGUUUCGCCUGGAUCCGUUCAGGAGGAAGCAUUACCUGCAUCCAAUCCUAUCGAGGUGAGCUACGGUCCCUGUGGAAACACGACGACCACGGUUCUCCACCACUCUGGAAAUAGGCCGAUAGGUGGAAUAACAACAAGGGCCGCGACCACCACGUCGAUCACGCGUAGACGAACAGGGACGACCAACAGACAGCAAUUGCUGGGUGUGCUCGCUGUCACUCUCUUCGCCACUUGUCUUUUCAUUCUUUUGCUGCUGGCGCUGAACACGAGUCGCGAGUGCGUACAAAAGCCACGUCCUAACGUUUGCAUGACGGAGGAAUGUGUCGUAACAGCGGCGAGUCUGUUAUCAGCGAUGGAUCAAACCGCCGCACCAUGCGUGGAUUUCUUUCAAUACGCUUGCGGUGCCUGGAACCGACAGCACGUGAUACCAGAGGACAAAAGUUCCAUCAAUACAUUCGAAGUUUUGGCCGACCAGUUGCAAGUGAUUCUGAAACGCGUCCUCGAGGAACCACCGAACGCCGACGAUAACGACGCCACGUUGAAGGCGAAGAUGUUCUACAAAUCGUGCAUGGACAUCCGUCGCAUCAGGGAUAUCGGCGAUGCGCCCCUUAAAAAGAGUCUAGAAUCCCUAGGUGGCUGGCCAGCGGUAGUCGGCGAAUCUUGGAAGCCACCAGUUUAUUCGAUCGAAGUCCUUCUAGGUCGUCUACGCGGAGAAUACAACGAGGGAGUGUUUAUGGAACAAUGGAUUGGACCAGACGACAAAAAUUCCUCAGCCAACAUCCUGCAGCUGGAUCAGAUGCAACUGGCGUUGCCAAGCAGAGACUACUACUCGAAAAGCGAAAUCGAAUUGAACGCUUAUCAUCGUUACAUGACGAGCGUCGCUCUGUUACUCGGCGCCAAUCCGAAAACUGCAUCGGACGAGUUGAACCGUGUAAUCACAUUGGAGAAACAAUUGGCUAACGCGUCCUUACCGGAGGCGGAUAGGCACGACACCUCCGCCAUUUACCGGAAGCUGACAUUGCGCCAACUGCAGCGUGAAAUUCCGCAAAUCGAGUGGCGCGUUUACUUGGAGGAAUUCAUCAGAGUUCCUAUAACGGAAGAGGAGCCGAUCGUGGUCUACGGUAUGCAAUACUUCCUGGAAAUGGGCCGCAUCGUACAGACGACGGAUCGCAGAACUCUACACAAUUACAUACUUUGGCGUCUGGUAAUGUCUAUAAUGCCUCAUAUGAUAGACGAGUACCAGCAAAAGAGGGUCGAAUUUCGAAAGAUUCUCCAAGGAAUAUCGAGCGAGAGAAACAGAUGGGGCCAAUGCGUCGAAUGGACGAACAAAAAGCUAGGCAUGGCUGCGGGUGCUCUCUUUAUACGAGACAAUUUCGAUCACGAUAGCAAGGAGACGGCACUCGAGAUGAUCCAUACGAUACGCGAGGCGUUCAACGAAUUACUGGCAGAGAAUCAUUGGAUGGACGAUGAAACGAGAGCAGUGGCAAAAAAGAAAGCUGACUCCAUGAACGAGAGAAUCGGGUAUCCAGAAUUUCUGAAAGAUCCAGUCGAAUUAUCAAAGGAAUACGCGACGCUGAACAUUACCGAAAACCAUUUUCUCGAGAACGUGCUGGCGCUAUCCAAGUACGACGCUUAUCGCAAUAUAGAAAUAUUACGAAAGCCGGUUGAUAGAAAUAAGUGGUCCACGGAACCAGCUGUUGUGAACGCCUUCUACAAUCCUAACAAAAAUGACAUCGUCUUCCCAGCAGGAAUCCUGCAGCCGCUCUUCUAUUCCCAACACUUUCCCAAAUCACUGAAUUACGGCGGGAUCGGUGUAGUGAUUGGCCACGAGAUCACUCAUGGUUUCGAUGAGAAGGGCCGUCAGUUCGAUAAAGACGGAAACAUGAUGCAAUGGUGGAACAACGCAACUAUCACAGCUUUUCGGAGAAGAGCUCAGUGCAUCGUGGAUCAGUAUUCCAGGUACAAGCUACAGGAAGUCGGUUUGUACAUCAACGGAAGGAUGACUCAGGGGGAGAACAUCGCGGACAACGGAGGACUCAAGCAAUCUUUCCGAGCAUACCAGAAAUGGGUAUCGGUUCACGGGGACGAACCUCUACUUCCUGGCGUGAACCUAACUCACGAACAGCUAUUUUUUUUAAACUACGCGCAGAUCUGGUGCGGCACCAUGAGACGGGAAGAUGCUCUAACGAAAAUUCGCAGUAGCGUUCAUUCACCGGGUUUUAUAAGAGUUUGGGGCCCGCUCUCCAACAGCUACGACUUUGCCAAGGCCUACGAUUGUCCUUUAGGCUCGCCGAUGAAUCCGAUGCACAAGUGCAGCGUUUGGUAACGUUAGCAUAGUUCCAGAGAAUCAAGCAUUUAACUCCAAGUACAGAAUAUCUUGAUGGGAUUUCUAUCGUCGUGGAAGAAUUUGUUCAGCCGAAAUCAACUGUUGGCCAAAAUGGGACCACAGGAUACUAGCUUUAUUUUAUUUUUAAACCUGAAUCCUUGAAUUACUCGUACGAAACGCGUACCCAGUGAAAAGUAAACAAAUACAACUUUAACCCAGACUUAACUCAAAAAGAAAUAAAAAAACAAAACUCAGAAGACAAAAAACGACUGAAUGUAUAAAAUGCGUCUGAAUUUAUGAACGUAUACACAUAUAUAUGUUAUAAAUAUUAAAAUAAAAA